AUGUACAGCGAAUGCCGUCGCGUGGACUACCCGGGGCUGAAGUUCUCGUACGGGGACGGCUCGGAUGACGAGGGUGCUUCGCUGGCGGCCGAGCUGCCGUCGUGCGUGUACGCAGCCGCCCGGGGAAGACUGCAGCUGCCUCUGGCGGCGUACGUGCAUCAACACAGCCGGCAGUUGCAUACAGAAGCGCUGCUGGAAGCGAACGCCGAGCCGGAGUACCAGUGCGGGGGCUCCCCGUACCGCGUGCAGCGAGCCGCGGCCAACGUGCGUGAGCGCCGCCGCAUGCUGAGGUCCGGCCCCAAUGGCAGUAUAAACUCGGCGUUCGAUGAGCUGCGGGUGCACGUGCCAACGUUCCCCUACGAGAAGCGGCUCAGCAAGAUCGACACGCUGCGUCUAGCCAUCGCCUACAUCGCCCUGCUCAGGGAGGUGUUAGACGCGGACUACGACCCACUGACGUAUGUGGAAAAAUGCCUCCGUGGGGAGAUAAAAGCUGACCGUGCGCACUGGAAUACUAGUGAUCUGACAGCUCGCUUGUCCUGGAUCAACUGGGAGAACCUGGGGGUGAACCCGCAACGCCGCAGCGUGCUCACGUCUCUCGCACUGAGUUCAGACAACCUGCAGUUUGCGCACAACUAGGCGCAACACGCCUACACUCGACCACUCAGACCUCAGCGUAACGUAGUUUAAGAAGGAAUAUUUUUUCACAGUACGCCAUAUACCGACAUUACACAGCGAAUAGUUAGACUUCCAUAGAUCGUAAGUAUUUAUAUGCCUACGAGAUUAAACUACUUAGUGUUUUAUAGUGCUUUAGAGCUCAUAUACACAAUAGGAGUGUUAUCAUAAUUGUUUUUAAAGGAUUAUGGCUCUGGUGAUAGCUGUAUUAAUUCAUAAAUAGAAUCGACAUACAAGUAGAAUCUACACAAUAAUUAAAAAGCCUGGAGAUCCUGGAAUGUGUCUAGUUAAUCCUAUAUGCUGGAUGCCUGUCACUUCCAACUGGUCAGGAGAAAGGACCAUGUUCAUCAGUGAACGUCCCAUCAUGGCUGAAAUGAUAAUGGUGACGAGGUAAUCAUUGAAUUUAUGCUUGAGUGAGGCCGCGAGGUACAUUGAAUUAUGCUAGAGUACGAGCUGCGUUUGGGCAUCAGAUUUUUGACAAUCAAAAACAUUGGACGGGUGUGGAUGAGCCAUUUGUUAAG